AUGUCUACAUCCGUCGGAGUCAACGUCCUCCGAUGGUCCGCCCUCGGAUUCGGUGUCUUCUACGGCGCCUACCACCAAUUGUCCCUCAGCGCUGCGGAUAGGGCAAAGGCCAUGCAAAAGGAAUGGGAGCGCAAGGAGAGGUUAAUCAAGGAGGCCAAGCAACAGUGGGCAAAGGAGCACCCGUCAGAACAGCCAAAGUCGUCAGGAGUCAGCGCAGACCCUAACGACCCCAACGCCGACCUGAACGUGCUGUUGGGCAUAACCGACAAGGCUUAA